UAGUAGAGGGAACGCAUACAAGUCGAUAUUCUAUACUUUUGGAGACUUCACACACACGCACCCUCCUCCGGUAAUUCAGCAUCUCCUGCAGAACUAGGGCACCGUCCUUCCGCGCGCGUGUGUGCAUCUCUCAGGGUGUUUAAAAACCUCUACAGCAGGGAGGAAUAAAAUAAAAAACAAACCAGGAAGAACCGCAUCCUCGCUGCGGGAGUCGGUGCCGGUAAGGCGAGGAGGACAGCGCACGCACGUCAAGCGCGAGGACCAUGGACAGCAGCUGCUGAAGUCUUGCUGGUAGGAAAGAAUGGAACUUGGCGGAUAUUUCUGAUUUUGGACACGGGGAUACCCCACUCUACACGAGUUCCAGCCCGUAAUUAUGCUCUGCAGCGGCGUGCACGUGCACAAGGAUCUGCUAUGGAUGUAGGUUUGAGAGAACGCAUCAGCAUCUUUGACCAAGCGCACCAGGACAGUGUCCAAACGCACAGAAAUAAGACUUUCCCUGCCAGUGCAAACGACACACAACUCAAUAAACUCUAUUCACAAGGAUUUCUCCCAACCAUAUAACUAUAAACACCUUUUUAUAUGCAUAUUUUUCUAGAUAUUUGACUUUUUCUCUUGGAAUAAAUCAAAGCAUGCCGUGGUGAGGUUAUGGGAUGUUUUAACUUGACCACCAGUGCUACUGUUCCAUGUUAACACGUUCCCCUGCUGUACCCACGGUGGUCCCUCUCCCGUUUCUCCGGACCCUCGGAAAUCCUCUCUCGGUCGCGUGACUGCCAUGCGUGAACGCGCGGGGCUUCUCUUACUGCUUGUGCACCUACUGGCGCGAGCCCGAGGCCAGUACGACCUGUGCAAGUCGCUCGUGAGCAUGGACGAAGGCGCCAUGUGGGAGCAUUACGCAUGCCAACCCAAAGCCCUGUCUAUGAAGGAGUACAUGCGCAUCCGGGUCGAGCCACCGGGCAUCACUUGCGGGAACCCGCCAGAGAGAUUCUGCACACUGGAGAAUCCAUAUCUCUGCAGUGAUGAAUGCGAUGCAUCUAACCCUGACCUGGCUCACCCGCCGCAGCUGAUGCAGGAUCGAGAGCGCAGCGGUCUGAUCACCUACUGGCAGACGGUCACGUGGCGGAGGUAUCCUGAGCCUCUUCAAGCAAACAUAACUCUGACCUGGAACAAGACCCUCGAGCUCACCGACGACAUUCAAAUCACCUUCGAGUAUGGCCGACCCACUAUCAUGGUUCUAGAAAAAUCGCUAAAUUUCGGCCGCACGUGGCAGCCCUACCAGUACUACGCCGACGACUGUGUGGACGCAUUUAACAUGCCACCAAGGCGCGUGCGUGACCUGAACGCGGCCAACGCCACACGUGUGAUCUGCACGGAGCAUUAUUCCCGCUGGGUUGGGUCAAAGAACGAGAAGGUUGUGAGAUUCGAGGUGCGGUCACGAUUUGCUAUAUUCGCCGGCCCGAGGCUGCUGAAUAUGGAAGGGUUGUACACACGGAUGGAGAGCAUGAAGGGUCUACGAGAUUUCUUCACGUUUACUAAUCUGAGGCUCCGCCUACUCAAGCCUGCCCUCGGCGGAACAUACGUCCAGAGAGACAACCUGCUCAAAUACUUCUACGCCAUCUCGAAUGUAGAGGUGCUAGCCAGGUGUAAGUGUAAUCUCCAUGCGUCUCAGUGUGUGUAUGUGGAUGGCAACUUACAGUGUCAAUGUGAACACAACACAACUGGACAGGACUGCCAGCGCUGCAAAAAAGGAUACAAAGCCAAGACCUGGAAAGCAGGAUCGUACUUACCCACUCCGAACGGAUCCCCCAACACAUGUUCUCAGGCCCUGGCUGGUUCUUCAUCUGGUUCCAAUGCCCCUCCACCAACCAUUGAAACACAAACUAUAGCUACAACAGAGUCUAAGACCCCUCCUACAUCCACUGAAGCCACGCCCCCAACCACACCCUCUCCCAAUCCUUCCACUGAGCUAGCUAAACCACCUGCUCUCACUGAGGCCACGCCUCCAAAAGCCACACCCCUGGAGGAGGGGCCUGUUCCUAUACUUCCAGAGAGCAAAGAAGCCUCAAAACCUGAGAAAAAGGACUCAGGUAAACCGGUGAAGCCAGUGAAUAAGACAGAUAUGGAAGCAUUCUCUUCAGCAAGCCCAGUGGAGGAUUCUGGGAAGGGUGAGGAGGUUUCUGAGAAAGAUCAAGUCAUUGAAGAAGAAUCUAAAAGAGUGGAAAGUGUUCAGGAGAAUGAGGGAAAAAGGGAAGAAAUUGAGUCCACUGAGUCAAUACAAGAGUCCAAUGAGUCAAAACCAGAGUCUGCUGAGUCAAUACCAGAGUCUGCUGAGUCAAUACCAGAGUCAGUGGAGUCAAUACCAGAGUCUGCUGAGUCAAUACCAGAGUCAGCGGAGUCAAUACCAGAGUGUGCUGAGUCAAUACCAGAGUCAGCAGAGUCAAUACUAAAGUCUGCUCAGUCAAUACCAGAGACAGCUGAGUCAGUAUCAGAGUCUGUUGAGUCAAUACCGGAAUCUGAUGAGUCAAUUCUGGAGUCUGGUGAGGCAGCACUAGAGUCUGGCGAGCCAAAACCAGAGUCUGGCGAGCCAAUACUAGAGUCCGCUAAGUUAAUACCAGAGUCUGUUGAGUCGAUACCAGAAUCUGUUGAGUCGAUAUCAGAAUCUGUCAAAUCAAACCCAGAGUUCACUGAGUCACAACCAGAGUCUGUCGAGUCAGUACCGGAAUCUGUUGAGUCAAUACCGGAGUCUGCCGAGCCAUUACCAGAGUCUGGUGAGUCAAUACCGGAAUCUGUUGAGUCAAUAUCAGAAUCUGCCAAAUCAAACCCAGAGUCCGCUGAGCCACAACCAGAGUCUGUCGAGUCAAUACCUGAAUCUGUUGAAUCAAUACCGGAGUCUGCCGAGCCAUUACCAGAGUCUGGUGAGUCAGUACCGGAGUCUGUUGAGUCACUACCUGAAUCUGUUGAAUCAAUACCAGAGUCUGCUGAGUCAUUACCGGAGUCAGUCGAGCCAAUAACGGAAUAUUUUGAGCCAGAACCAGAGCCGAUAAUAAGAGAAUCUGUCCCGCAAGGACCAGAGUCUAUCAAGCCAAUAUGGGAGUCUGUCGAGCCAAUAUCAGAAUCUGUCCCACCAAAAAUAGAAUCUGGCCAACCAGUGCUGGAGUAUUUUUGGCCAAUAUCGGAGUCUGUCGCACCAAAAGCAGAGCCAAUUUCACCAUUAGUCAAGCCAGACAAAUCAGUACAAGACCCUGAAAUCUCAGUAGCAAAACCUGUAAUGCCAAAACUAGAGAAACCAAAAAAAACAGAGGAAGCAGAAAAAUUCUCGGAGAAGGAAGGAAAUAAAGAAGAAGAAAGGGAGAAGGAAGGCACUGUUAAACAGACAGAUGAUAAAGUACCUUCCAAACCCUCAAAGGAAAAGGGUGAAAGAGGAGAGGAGGAAAAGGAGAAAUUUUCGGAAAAAGAAAUUGAGGGAGAGAAACCCUUUGAAAAAGAGGGUGAAGUAACGCCUUUUGAAAAGGAGUUGGACAAGGAAGAUAAAAUAGAGGACAAAGAUGAAGAGAAUAAAAAAGCGCUUCUGAAGUUCUUAUUAUCUGGAGAGCCCCAGACAGUGCGACUAAAAGGAAUCAUAUAUGAUGACUUUAAAGAUUGUGAAUGUAAUGGACACUCUAACCGCUGCAGUUAUAUAGACUUCCUGAACAUCGUCACGUGUGUGAGCUGCAAACACAACACGCGUGGUCAAAACUGCGAACACUGUCGCAUGGGCUUCUACAAAAACACCUCUGUGGAGCCCGACGACGAGAGCGUGUGUAUCGAGUGUAACUGUAACACAAUGGGCUCGGUUCAUGACCGUUGUAAUGGUACCGGGUUCUGUCAAUGUAAAGAGGGCGCCACCGGAGUCAAAUGUGAAGAAUGUCUCCCCGGUUACUAUUGGAAACAGGGCUGCUUCCCAAACGUGUGUGAUGAGGAGUUACUCUUGUGCCAGAAUGGGGGGACGUGCUUUCAGAAUCAGCGCUGUGUUUGCACGCCGGAUUUUAAGGGUGUUUUGUGCCAACAGUCGCGCUGCGACGGAGGUAAAAAGUGUAACCGUGCCAGCGCACUCUCUUUGAGCCUGGCACUGCUGAUCUGCCCGCUCCUCGUCAUCUUGCUGAGCUCCGCCACCUCCUGAGAUACCCCUGCUUCAGAACCAGUGGGCACGGAGAGGGAAUGACAUUCACCAUUGCCCUCUACAGGACGCAGAAAGCCCUGCAUGAGAUCAAGAAUGAGAAACAAAAAGACUAAAAGACUCUAGUAGGGCUACAAAUUAAAGGAACUCAAAGCACUCCUUGCAUAUACGCCAAGGAUGAAACAUACCAAAAACACACACACAGUGGCGUAGGUUUGACUUGAACAUUGGGGGGGUUGCAGUGUGAAGCAUUCACAUGUUUCCAUUGAUCAUGGUAUAAAUAUUAGGGGGUUGUACUUGCUUGUUUUGAUUAUUGGGGGGUUAUGAAUAUUAUUGUGAUAUUUGCUAUCAUGAAUAUUAAGAUUUUAGGCACUGUACUGCUGGUUAUUGUACAAAUGUUUGUUGCCACAGUUAGAAAGCAUUCAAAUUUACAAAGUAUUCAGGACAUGAACACAGUAUCCAACUCUUAUGAGAAGAUAUCUAAUCAAAUCUAAAUAUUAUAAACCCACAUAUUAUUGCAUUAUUUUUGGUAGAGAAUAUUUUUGUUUGGAUCUACAUCUAUACUGUACAUAAGAGGCAAAAAGGUUUUACAGUAUAAGAAUCUAUAACGUAGAGUUUACACCGUACACUUUACAGUCAGGUAUAACAAAGGAUGAAUUUACACACUAAAUGUACCAAGAGUGAAAGUAGAAUACAGAAUGUAUUAGAAAGUAUGGGAUGGGGUUUAUUACACUGUAAAAUUUGCAGUUAGCGAAUUUACAAAAAUAAAAUAAAUGGAUUACAUUUUAUGACACUGUAAACAUUACAGUAAAUGUGCCUGUUACUUGGCCACGUUUGAGUUGUUACCAUGUGGAUCAUUUCUUGAGCACUACAUCAACAACAUUUGUGUCUUAAAUAACGCACUAUACACUGCACUUACACUAGCACUUGGCCAUCUAGUGUAUGACUUACUUUCUUCUGCAGAACACAAAUGAAGAUUUUUAGAAGAAUAUUUCAGCUCUGUUGGUCCAUACAAUGCAAGUGAAUGGUGGUCAGAACUAUGAAGGUCAAAAAAGCAUAUAAAGGCAGCAUAAAAGUAAUCCAUAAGACUCCAGUGGUUAAAUCCAUGUCUUCUGAAGCGAUAUGAUAGGUGUGGGUGAGAAACAGAUCAAUAUAAGUCUUAAAAAAAAGAAACUUUUUUACUGUAAUUUUCCUUUCAGUUGAAGAAGUACAUCAUCCGAGUACUCGUAGUACUCUUUAGUGUGAACACAUAACUCAUUCACUCCUCUACAGCAUUUUAUAGUGUAAGUAGUAUAAGUAUAAGAUUUAGGGUGCAGCUAUAAUUUCAGGAUCGUUCCGAUUGAGAGAUGCUAGUUUUUCCAUUUUAGAAGUUACUGCAUAGCACACGGGGACAUGGCAAAAAUGACAAAAUCCGCUCAAACCAAAGUAGUUAAAUUAUCUUAAAUUCAUGCUCACUUAAUUGUAAUAAAUGCAAACUACUGUGAGUAUUCAAUGUAUUAAGACAUACAGUACAGUGGCAAUAAAAAUAUGUGAACCCUUUGGAAUUAGUUGGUUUUCUGCAUUAAUUGGUCAUAAAAUGUGAUCUCAACUUCAUCAGUCACAAGUAUAGACAAACACAAUGUGCUUAAGCUAUCAACACACAAACAUUAUAAUCUUUUAUUUCUUUAUUGCACACAUCCCAUUAAACAUUCACAGUGCUGUGGAAAAACUAAAGUGAACCCUUGGAUUUAAUAACAGGUCGAUCCUCCUGUUACAGCAAUAACCUCAACCAAGUGUUUCCUGUAGCUGCAGAUUAGACCUGCACAACGUUCAUAAGAAAUUUUGUACCAUUCUUCCUUACAGAACUGCUUCAACUCAGACAUAUUCUUAGGAUAUCUGGUGUGAAUGGCUCUCUUGAGGUCUGGACUCUGACUGGGACACUCCAAAAUGUGGAUUUUCUUUUUUGAAGUCAUUCUGUAGUGGAUUUACUUCAAUGUUUAGGUUCAUUGUCCUUCUGCAUCACCCAACUUCUACUGAGCUUCAGCUGGCACACAGCCAUCCUGAUAUUAUCCUGUAGGAUAUCUUGAUAAACUUGGGAAUUCAUUUUUCCCUUGAUGAUGUCAAGCAGCCCCAAAUCCUGAUGCUCCCUCCACCGUACUUCACCGAUGGGUUGAUCAUGUUGUUAUGCGGUGGCCUUUUUUAACCAUACAUGUGUUCUUCCCAAACAAUUCAACCUUAGUUUCAUCAGUCCACAAAUAAUUUUCCCAGUGUCAAGGU